GUCAGUCGAGCUGAUUGUCUGUCUGUGUACUUUGCGGAGCAGGAUUCAGACUGUGUAGCACUCAGCAGCCGUCAUAAUGGAAAAGAUCAAUGACUACCUUUGCAGAUAUAAAGGUUAUGUUUUUGCAAGUCACCAGCUGAAAGUCGACCACAUCGACUCCCUUCCAAACUUCGAGAUACGAGACAGUGAUGUUUUUCUGGUGACCUACCCAAAGUCAGGAACGAUAUGGACUCAGAACAUCAUAAUGCUGAUCUGUGGGUCAGACAGCACAGAUGAAGCAGAAUUUCCCAACAAUCUGGUGAAAAUGCCAUGGCUGGAGUUUCCGACGGGACAUUCAGAUUAUUCCUCUCGACCAUCUCCGCGCUUCUUUGCCUCGCACCUGACGCCAGCACUCAUGCCAUCUGGACUCAAGGGCAAAAAGGCAAAGAUCGUUUACGUGGCUAGGAACCCUAAAGAUGUAGCGGUGUCUUAUUUCCACUUCUGCCAUGUGUUGACCAACCUGGAGACCCCCAAGAGCUUUGAAGAGUUUCUGCAGCAGUACCUCGCUGGAGAUGUUGCUGGAUCAUCGUGGUUUGAUCACAUCCGAGUGUGGCACACGCACAAAGACGAGUACAACAUCCUGUUCCUGACUUAUGAGGACAUGAUUAUGGAUCUGAGGUCGGCAGUGGAGAAGAUUUCCCGCUUUUUGGGACGAGACCUGGACGAAGCUGCGAUCUCUCAUGUUGUGGAGAAAGCCACCUUUAAAAAUAUGAAGAAGGACCCCAAAGCCAACUAUGAGUUCCUUCCUACUGAGACUCUACAGGGCAAAUUCAUGCGCAAGGGUACAGUAGGAGACUGGAAAAACACCUUCACUGUGGCCCAGAACGAGAUGUUUGACCGUAUCUACCAGGAAAAAAUGAAGGAUCUUCCAUUCAAGUUCAUAUGGGACAUACAUUAAAGCCCUUUUACUGUAAAGCCCUAUAUACUAUACAGUACUGUGAUCACAUGUUUAGAAAAUUUGAAAUUUCUCAAGCUUUUCACUAAUCACCCUCAAUAAUGCUGCAUCUGUAGUGGAUAAAUGUGUGGAAGGACAAGGUUAGUGUUUAUGACAAAGUGGACAGUGAAUAUAAGUAGAAGGUUGGUGUUUCUAAUAAAGUGGACAGUGAGUGGAAGGACGAGAUUGAUAUUUCUAAUAAAGUGUCAUGCUUAGAAGUUAAAGGAA